AUCAUACUAUGCUGGCACUUUUUUUGGAAUACUAUUCUAAUAAUGCAAUUAAUAAUAUUGGAUGGAUAAAUACAGUUGCAGACAUUAUAUCGAAAUUAUAUAAAAGUAAUGAAAAUGAUAAAAAGGAAAAAAGUAAUAAUAUUU